GGAGUCAGAGGAGGAAUCAGAGCGCGAAAUUAGAAACGGGGUCUCGACAGGAUUUGAAAAUAAAAAGAAAAGGAAGAAGAGUAACUCAAGUGAAUCCGGUCAGAAAGAGGAGAAAUAUCUUGUUGGGAUGAUAGCUGUGACACAAACAGACGGCAUUUUCAAGGAUCCGCAUGAGGUCGGAAAGUUUGUAGGAGGAAAGCUUGGAGAUGUACGAUCGGUCAGGAUGACAAGUGGGAUAGUUAUCAUUGACUGUGUAUCAAAGCGUCAGAGAGAUAGAGCACUGAAGAUUCGUGCAUUUAGAGAUCAUAGCAGUGUGAAUUGCUUCCCACUUGGAUCAGAAGUGAAGAAGAAGGGAGUAGUGACGGCGUGCCACUGACGGUGGAGGCCGAGUCAUUUCGGGAUAUUUAAGAUGUGUGUGAGGCACGAAGGCUUACAAGAUUCAGAAAUGGGGAGAAGGAGGAGAGUAACUCGGUGUGUUUGAUGUUUGAGGGGGAAUUGCCGGAAAGAGUGUAUCUAGAUUAUGUGUGUUACAGGGUGACAUGUUGAUAUGAGAUGAUAUGAGAGAGCGCCUCUCAGAUGUUUCUGCUGUCAGGAAUAUGGACAUAUUGCUGCAGUAUGGAGAGGAGGCAGAAGAUGUGGGAAGGAUAACUGUAAUGUUGAGAAGUGUACAGUGAAGAAAGAGCAAGCAACGUGCCUGCACUGCGAGAGAAACCACUAUACGGGAUCAGCACCGUGCCCAAAAAGAAUUAAGGAUGUAAAAGUGAAUAAAAUCAGAGCAGAAAGGGGAUUGUCAUAUGCAGUGGGUGGACACUGUAAAUAGUUUACACUGUGAAGCUGUUACAAUUCAGUAGGUGGCGGUAAUGCGCAAUUAGGGACGCUAACCGCCAUAAAACUCAACAGAAGAAGGAAGAUGUUUACAUUUUUUUAUUUCGAUUUUUAAAGUUCAUUGGUUUAAAGACGCCUUAGCACACAAGCAGUGUAACAUUGAUGUAAGGCAGACCCACGUCCAGCAGAACUUCAGAGUGCAGAUGGAGUUGGUGGUGGAAAAAGAAGGAAACCGCACAUUAUUCUGCCACCGUCUCGGCUGCUCCAUAACGUGUCGUAUUAACACAGCAACAUCGCGGAACAGUCGACCGCCUCAUCCAUGCAUUGGAGUCCCGGGCACCAUCGCACCCGCUCCGGCUCCGGCUCCAGCCAUGUCGGCCAGGAACGCAGCGGCUGGCGGCGGUGACAGAGCGGGAGGCGAGCCGGCAGAAGAUGUGCUGGUUGAGGAAAACCAUUGCAGUUCUGUGUCUUUGCCCAGCCUGAUGACCCCAUCCUCAGCUGCUGGCAUGUCCUUGAGCAUGGAGAUGCCCCGGAAGCGCAAGGGCAGCAUGGACAACCAGGAUACAAAAUCAGCUUCCAUCCCUGACGUAGAUAUGGAAGAUGACCAAAACGGGUCAGAUGGAGAGGACCAACAUGUCAAAAUGAAAUGCUUCAGGGAACCGCACAGCCAAAUUGAGAAGAGGAGACGGGACAAAAUGAACACUCUGAUUGACAAACUUUCAGCCAUGAUCCCUACUUGUAACCCCAUGUCACGUAAACUGGACAAACUCACUGUGCUCAGAAUGGCUGUGCAGCACCUCAAAUCUCUCAAAGGUUCAGGAAGUUCCUUUUCUGAAGCCAACUACAAACCGUCUUUCCUUCCCGACGAGGAGCUCAAACACCUUGUCCUCAAGGCUGCAGAUGGGUUCCUGUUUGUAGUGGGCUGUGAUCGUGGGAAAAUAGUUUUUGUCUCAGAGUCCGUCAUGAAGAUAUUAAAUUAUAGUCGGGCGGAGCUGAUAGGACAGAGCCUGUUUGAUUACAUACACCCAAAGGACAUGGGAAAAGUGAAGGAGCAGCUGUCGGCUUCUGAACUAUACCCUCGUGAACGGCUAAUAGAUGCUAAAACCGGUCUGCAGGUCCAGGCUGACCUCCCAGUCGGUGCGGUGCGGCUUUGUUCGGGCGCACGGCGCUCUUUCUUCUGCCGCAUGAAGCACAACAAAAUAUAUGUCAAAGUGGAGAAGGAAUUUCAAGCCAGCACCUCCAAAAAGAAAGAGUCGCAGAAGUACUGCACGGUCCACUGUACAGGCUACAUGCGCAGCUGGCCUACCAGUCAGUUGGGAGCAGGGGGUGAGGGUGAGGCAGACAAGCAGGAUAGCUCACACUUCAGCUGCCUGGUGGCGGUGGGACGUGUUCACUCCCACUCAUCUCCCCAGGUUAAUGGAGAAGUCCGAGUUAAACCCACUGAGUUCAUCACACGCUAUGCCAUGGAUGGCAAAUUCACCUUUGUCGAUCAAAGAGCGACAACCAUUCUCGGUUAUCUUCCACAAGAAUUGCUUGGGACAUCAUGCUAUGAGUACUUCCAUCAAGACGACUUACCACAUUUAGCUGACAGACAUCGAAAAGUGCUGCGGAGUAAAGAGAAAAUAGAGACAAGCUGCUAUAAGUUCAAAACAAAACAUGGCUCUUUCGUCACUCUGCAAAGUCAGUGGUUUAGUUUUGUAAAUCCCUGGACCAAAGAAGUAGAAUACAUAGUGUCAACUAACACAGUUAUAUCGCAUGAUCACAGUCGAACCAGUCGGUCGGGAAACAAGUCUGAGCAGUCAAGCAAUUCCAAGACUUCUGAAGAAGAUGGCAAGAAGUCCCUUCCAGUUAUACCAGGCAUCUCCACCACACCUGGAAAUAUGAUUUAUGCUGGAAGCAUAGGAACCCAGAUUGCCAAUGAGCUGCUGGAUUUCAACAGGAUGAACUCAUCACCUUCCAGUGGUAACGUCAGCCCGUUCAGUCUAACGCAGGAUAAGUGUCCUCAAACUCACAAUCAAAUCAACAAUGUGCCAAAUGGAGAGGCAACGGAUAUGGAGAUACCAGGAAAGUCCAGCUCUGAGGAUGAGCCCCAGGGAGCUGCAUUCUCAGGAGGAGAAUCACUCAUGGAGGAAAACUCCCAGCUGGAUUUGGACAGCGUGGUUGGACCGGGCCUUAGUAGUCUUAGCAAUGAUGAAGCAGCCAUGGCAGUGAUCAUGAGCCUCCUGGAGACAGACACAAACUUGGGAGAGGCUGUGGACUUUGAAGAGAUGCACUGGUCUUUAUAGAAUCUUACAAAAACACCAUGACCAUCAGUUUUUUUUUUUGUUUGUUUUUUAUGACUAGAACUGCUUGAAUGCUCUAAGAUGCAGCAUUCCCUUUUUUUGUUUUUUUUUAGGACUUUUUUCUUUUUUAUUUAUUAGGUACCUUUUUCCAUAUAAGCUAGUAGUCUUCGUGUGGCUGCUUUAAUAGGUAGCAGAAUCGCCGACAAUAAGGAACACCUGCUUGCCCUCUUCAGAAGGAGGACGUGCCUCUAAAGCCUUACAGCGGUCUGCCUGACAUGAAACGCUGUUCCUCACUGCUUUCCUCACGUUUACUGUCAUCCUCCGUUUAACUGAAGAGGCCUCGCAAGGUUGACGAACCCAUGAACACAAAUGAUAGUGAAUAAUGUACAAUAGCUCGGGAUUCUUGCUUGUAUUUCUCUCCUUUGACAUUUGAACAAAGGUUGGGAGUGACGAUGCAAAAAAAUUUGAACUGAAUCGAUUUCAUGUUUUUUAUAAGGUCGUAAUUUGAUUAGGUGCUGAUGUUGAAUUAAAAUGCGAGGAAGACAUCUUGACAACCUGGCCCAUCUCUGUGACCCCUCAGGAUCCAAGCCGUAGGUAGCCAGUGUACCACGGCAAACCACACUUCCAUAACCUCUAACUUUGAGAGUCACUUAAUGAUGUGUCACUCAGAGACUUUCUCUUGUCAGUAUCUGAACAUUUUCCAUGGAAACAGUCCAGUAACCUCCUCUCUUGUACACUGACUUGAACACACUGGAUAUGUGUGGAUUUGGUAUGAUUGCAAACACCAUGUCUUCAGGCCAUAUCUGUCUUAAAGGGAUAGUUUGCAUAGGAAGAAUAUUUUCAUUUUUUAGUAUGUACACUUCUAUAGACAUUUAGCCCCCAAUACUGGCUGCCUGGGUUUUAUUUGCCCUAGCUCUAAACAUUUAACAUUUCUUUGCAGAAAUUAUCCACCUUCAUGAAUUUGUUGGAGAGCAUCCAGUUUUGGUCACGGAUUUAUGAGCACUACAGUACUACUUCAUGCAAAGUGAAACUGCACCUUUUUUAGAGGUGCUGAAAUGAAGGUUUGGUAGCAACGGCUGAGCAGCAAACCAAUUUCCUUUUGUGACAUUUUAUCAAUACAUGUUUGAGGUUGAUCUCUGAGUAUGAUGGCAGAAGUGAUAACUCAGGGAGUGAUGAAAACAGAGCCGCCCUAUUUAAACACAAUGACAGUUCUUAGUAACUGUACCAGUAUGUUUGUCCUCCAGUUUAAGCUUUUACACACUUCUCUACAAUCUGUACAUUGGUAUGAGUCAUGUCUCGUAAUCAGUCUGUACUUGUUCACCUGUGCGUCUGUGUUCUUACACUUAUUGUAAGCUUUAUAAUCUUGCAGGUAAGCCAUAGCUUAAGCUGUUUUUUUCCCCAUGCACUGUUAUGCAGUCUUUCAAAAGACACGUUCGUGUUUCAUGUGCUUGUCAGAGACACACAACAUUGCCAUGCAUACAUUUAAGGGAUUAUGCUAUGCAGAGCUAUCAUUCCAUAUAUUCUAAACUUUAAGGUAUGUUUCUUUCUCUCUCCAUGUAAUAGUUACUCUCAUAUCAUGUAUGACUCAAAAGACUCCAGAGAGUAUAAGACAUGCUGCUGACUUAAUAAUGAUGUAAUAUGACAUUUAGUGAGAACUUGAAUGAGUUGUCUGGAUGCUAUUUACCUCCAUAUAGAGUUUUGUUUUGCUCAUGCUUACAAUUGCACAUCAUGGAUUUUACUAAGAAAACAUUGAUAGCCAUUAUGUUAUGACCUCUGUUAGUGAUCCACUGCUGAGAAUCAUGUGGCAGCCAUGUGACCUAAUGGGUCGAUGUAAGGUACAAUUUAGAAUUACCAAAGUAUGUCAAAUUAUGUCACACAGUGAUAUUUAAAAAGAUUGGCAGUUUAAGCCUUGCUGAUUCAGUGUUUCAGUUUUAUUGUAUUGGCUUGUUUAAAAAAAUGUAAGUACACUUCCCCUGUUCCAGAUGAUGAACAAUUGAAACAUUUCUCAACAUGUUGUGAAUGCAAAUUGUACAACUCUGAAAGAGUUAUAUGAGAACAUGCUGAAAUCCAGCUUUAUUAUCAGUUGGCAUAUGGCACAUUGAUUUAGGGCUUAUUUGAUAUCCUGUUGACUGUUGUGUAUCUUACAUUUAUCAACUCACAUUUCUUUUACCUGAAUAAUUUUUGAGUGUUUGUACAUUGCUGUACUCUCAUAGGGAGUGCAAUGAAGAGUAAAGUUAGUAUGUUAAGUCAGUAUAUGUUAACUUAAUUUUAAGCGUUUAGAUUGUGUAUCUGUACCUUAUCCUCAGUCAUUAGUACCAAAACCAGUCAGUCAAGACAACAGCGACUGUAUUGCUGCCCAAAUAUACAAUAUAUGGAACUGUGUAGCUUUUAUGCCAUGCCAUCGUUCAUAUUCGUAUCUCGGGCCACGAUUUAUCGUCAUCUCUUGAGGACUUAAGGAUUUUCCAACAAGAACUCUUGUUUCGAGGAUAGAAAAGGCUGUUGUGAAUCAUGAAGAAUACUGUCUUUUCUCUCUAAUGCUUGAAUUACGAGGAGCCAGUGGAUGGAGCGGCUUAACUCACAAGGACCCUCCUGCUUGUGUCCGAAGUGCCUUUGGCCACGUCUGUUCGGACACACAAUAAACCUGUGCUGAUUAUGGAGACCGCCUGCCACCCAGCACCUCCGCAGACUGAAAGGAAGGCUAAAAUUUAUCUUUGGAUUAACUUGAUGCAACAUGGCAUACUGUGCACAUCAUGAAUGACACAGAGGCUCGUUCGCAGAUGAAACAGGAGCUGCACAUGUUGGUUUCAGCGCUUACUACCUAACCAAACAACCAGAGCUAUGGAGUCGUGCCAUAGACACAGACUGGUCUUUUUAAAGGCAACAAGUCCAUUUUGUACUUUUUUUUUUUUUUUUUUUUUUUGGUUCCUGUUCUUCUUGUUCAAUCAUUGCACUGUUGUAGCUGUGAUUUCUCCAGAAAGCUAAGACUUUGUUCUCAUUUAAGCUUAUUUGGUGGUGACUGGGUGAUGUACCUUGCUGAGAGGUCACAUAUUUUGCUUCUGUCUCCAUUUGAAAUAAAACAGUAGAUUUUGUAAGAUAGGGAACAUUAUGUUUUGAUUUCAUGCCCUGCUUUGUGUCUAGUUGCAUGCCGCUUUUGUAUAAUUUAUUACUGGUUUUUGAAAUGUGUUGCAUCAUUAGACUUUGGAAGUUAAGCCAGACUGGUGUUUGUGUAUGCACUGACACGGUCAACUGUCACUACAGGAAGAAGGACCUUAACCUUUGGGAUUAUAUUGGGCUGUUGGGAGCUUGUUACUGCCUCCAUUGUACCACUUCCUGCCACUUGAUAAAUUCAUUUUUGUUUUGA